AUGAACGCACUCGAGUAUUUCGACCAUCUCGAAGUGGAAGAGACGUCAUUAGAGCUCGGUAUUGAUGAUGUGGAGCAAUACCUUCUCGCGAAGGCAAGACUAGAGGUCCCCCGGGUGGCUGAGCGUCUGAUGGCGCGUAUAUUCGGCCCUGUACAACACGGCAUCGUGUCGCUGGUCACCGGAUUAUUCUUGUGUAGUCAUGUGGCGUCCAGAGUUCAGAUUCUCCGCGCAAUUGUUAAGACUUCUGAGAGUCCUGGCGAGCUAGAACAAGCCUCCGAGAAUCGGUGCAGUGUUUAUCACAACUUGGCGCAGCAGACUACCGUUCAACUGGUGCAGAAAAUAUUAGGUAUUAUGACCGAUUCAAUCUCUGGUGCAUCCCGAUCUUCAACUGGUAGUGAGAUUCCAUCAGAAUCGGCUCUCAGCACAAUGAAAAAUAAUGAGUUGCAACAACUGUGUCGUGAUCAAGGACUCACAGUGUCAGGAAACAAACGUGAGCUUAUCGGCCGUCUUUUGAACGGGGAAAGUGACACAAAUUCGAAAAAGAACACGAUUAAAUCUCCCGCUGCAGCGCUACUUAGCGCUUGGUUCUUAGCUCCAAUAUCGUCUACGGACAUGAAAGUUGAUCUAAGAACGAGGAAAACAUUUGCUCACGUGUACCAAGGUUUCUUGAAGCACACUCAAACUUUCGCAUUCUUCACACAAAGUCUUAUGGUCUCCUUUGUUGUCGGUACUUGA